CGGGGCGCAGGGGGCGCUGCGGGCACCAAGAUGGCGGCGGGCGGCGCGCGCGGCGCGGCGCGGCCGCGGUAGAGGGUCCGGCCCGGGCCCGGCGGUCCCGGCGCUCCGCCCGCCGCGGGCCCGGCAGCGGAGCGGGCGUGGCUGGCGGCAAAUGUGCAAUACCAAGAUGUCCUCCCUUACGGAUGCCUCCUCUGUCACCGCUUCGGAGCAAGAGGCGCUGGUUAAACCAAAGCCACUGUUGCUGAAAUUGUUAAAGUUAGCUGGUGCUGAAAAGGACACUUUUACUAUGAAGGAGGUAAUAUUCUAUAUUGGACAAUAUAUUAUGUCUAAGCAAUUAUAUGAUGAAAAACAGCAGCAUAUUGUACACUGUGCAAAUGAUCUCCUGGGGGAUUUAUUUGGAGUAACAAGCUUUUCAGUAAAAGAACACAGGAGGCUAUAUUCAAUGAUUUCCAGAAAUCUGAUAGCAAUCAAUCAACAAGACUCUACCCUUGGCAACACACCUGAGGAUGAUGCCACAUCUCAGCCUGAAGAAGACAAUGUUAUUAAGGAGUCUAGGCAGGAGGUAGAAGAGAACCAGACUUCAUCAAGCAUGGCUUCCCGACCAACUACAUCUUCUAGGAGGAGGACACACAGUGAAUCUGAAAAAAGUCCUUCAGAUGAUCUGCCCAGUGACAGAAGAAAGCGACACAAGUCAGAGAACAUCUCGGUGACAUUUGAUGAAAGUCUCUCAUGGUGUGUAGUCAGUGGUCUGUGCCGUGAAAGAAGCAAUAGCAGUGAUUCAACAGAUUCUCUUUCCAUUCCUGAUCUUGAUGCUAGUUCAUUAAGUGAAAACUCAGAUUGGUUUGACCACGGUUCUGUAUCAGACCAGUUCAGUGUCGAGUUUGAAGUUGAGUCUAUUUAUUCAGAAGAUUAUAGCCAUAAUGAAGAAGGGCAGGAGCUCACAGAUGAAGAUGAUGAGGUUUAUCAGCUGACUAUUUACCAGGAUGAAGAUAGUGAUGCUGAUUCAUUUGAUGAAGAUCCAGAGAUUUCUCUAGCUGAUUAUUGGAAGUGUCCUGAAUGUAAUGAAAUGAAUCCUCCGCUUCCACGACACUGCCACAGAUGCUGGGCCCUCCGUGAGGAUUGGCUUCCAGAUGAAAAGAGUGAGAAAUUGGAAAAGAGCAAAUUAGAAGCCUCCUUUCCUGCAGAGGCUGGAGAAGGUUUUGAUGUUCCUGACUGCAAGAAAACAAAAACGAUUGAAGAUAAAGAACCAGCUGUGGAUGAGAAUGAGGAUAAAGCAGUGCAGCUUUCUGAGUCCCAGGAAAGUGAAGGUUAUUCCCAGCCAUCAACAUCAAGCAGUGUGUUCUGUAGCAGUCAGGAGGACUUCAAGGAACCUGAGAAGAGAGAAAUACAAGACAAAGAGGAAAGCAUGGAAUCCAGUCUGCCUGUUACCAGCAUAGAGCCGUGUGUCAUAUGUCAGAGCAGACCUAAAAAUGGCUGCAUAGUACACGGCAAAACGGGACACCUCAUGUCGUGUUUUACCUGUGCAAAAAAGCUCAAGAAGAGGAACAAACCCUGCCCAGUGUGCAGGCAGCCCAUACAGAUGAUUGUCCUAACUUAUUUUAGUUAGACAUGUGUUGACUGGAAAGCAGCAAAAGAAACUUCAUAAACUGAUUGAGAGAGUAAGAAAUUAUUUUUGUAUGCUUAUUGGAAAAUUAAUAUUUUGUGUCUCUUGCUGUUCUGUGUGACAAAUAAUUGCUGACAUAACUGCACUGGAGUUAUUAAGUGGUUUGCAUAAUACUCUUAAGUUAACUUGGAGAUUUUAAAUCCCUCUCAGUAGAAGUAACCAGGUUGUCUAAACAACCUGCCUCUCCAAGUGUUUUAAUGUUCCAUGCAAGUUAGUAACAUUUGUUUUAUUGAAUUGAAUACAUGCAUUAAACACCCAAAUUUAAUAAUUGUUGGAGGAGAGACAUGUUGAAGUGUUUAUUUCUGCAAAUUCCUCAUUUAAGAAAAUAUAUGAUUAUCCAGGUUCCAAUUCUUUUUGCUUGGUGAAGACAUAAGGCUCAAUCAGACCCCUCUGAAUAAGUCAAUAAAAUGAAUAAAUAGAAUCUUUGCUUAAAUUCUUUCAACUAACCAAAUUCUGUGGGAGAUCUUACCAGGAAGUAGGGAAAUAUGUGGUAAAAAUAAUUAAUACUGUGGAAACAGAAAAGGGUAUUGUGUGUCUUUUAUUUUUAUAGUGUGAACUGUAGACUUAAGGGUUGUGUGGCCCCUGAGAAGUCAUUGAUCCAAGCUCAGUCAUACAGUUCUCUCUCAAAUGUCCUGGGAAGCUCACACUUGUGGGUUUGGAGGUCUGUGCUGCUGCUGAUGAUUAAUUUAGCAUCAUGAAACAAGUCUCAGACAAGAUAAAUGAAGGAUAUGCUAUGAACUGUCAUGUCAGGUAGUAUUAGAGGACAGUUGUUUUCUUUUCCUGCACUUGUUUCUGACUUAGCGGAAUACAUUCAGCUGCAUUGCUACGUUCACUGUAAUAAAAAUAGAAAAAAAUUCACCUUCAUCUGCAGAAACAAUUAAGCUGUGCAGUUCCAGUUCACAUUCUUUAAGUGCAGUAGUCUUUCCAACUCACUGUUCUUAUCUGUAUCACGAGAAUUCUGGAAGUCUUUUGCAAGGUGUUUGGCCAACUCAAAGUUGGUCUUGUUGGCCCUGUCCUUUAUUGCUUUUAGCUCUUGUCUCCUUAAUGUAUUUUGUCAAAAACUCGGUGAAACUUACCAGUUCAGUGGCCAGGGAGCCUGCUGCCUCCUCAGUUCUGGGGGCUGCAGGCAAGGCAGUGUGAGUGUGGGAACCGGGAUUCGGUAAAGAUCGCUCAGCUGCCUUUCACAUGGGGUUUCUGUACCCCAUGAGUGAUACUUACUCCUUUGGAAAACUCUGUUACUUGCAUAUUUUCAGCACAUUUAUUUUUGCAUGUGGUUGCUGAUUGUCUGACCAAUAAGGAAUGGCAGAUAAACAGGGAGUGCCAAGAGUGGAGAUGCAGUCCAAGUGCAGGAACUGUGCUGUGUUACCAUCUUACAGGCCAGGGCUCAACUGCUUCCCUAACACCAGCAGUAUGAGAUGGCUAAUGCCUGCGUGCUGGCACAGAGACUCCUACUGCUCUCCUUGACUGCAGGGCUGCAAAUGCCUGGAAGUACCCAGGAAAAGGACAGAAAGACAUACAGGAGAGACUCAGUAAAUCCUUGGUUGUGACUUGGUUGAAAAGUAGUAACUUUAUAGGUAAAGACUGAAUUCUUGGGAUCAUUCACAUUUUGUUCAUACAUAUGAGCUAUUUCAUUGCCAGUAAGAGAUACUGGUGUACCCAAACUUCUAACAUAGUUCAUUUUAAGUAAACAAAAUAUAAACCCCAGUUGUAUUCAUUCAAAUUCUUACUUGCAAGUUCUUGCCUCCUGCAGUUUGUAAAGGGACAUCAGGUAGCUGGAAGUUAUUGGAACUCUUUUGAUCAGCAGAAACCUUUCAUGGUUUUACAGGAUUUGGUAAUCCUUCAGCCUCAGAUGGAGAAGGCCUUUGGGCAGAUAGCUAAUUUUUUCAAAUAGGGAUACUAAUAGAGGGCUACUUGCCUUACUUUGCACUUCCUAUUAAUGUUUUUUUUUUAAUUUUUGAUUUGAUAAACUUAGGUGCUGUGAGGCUUGCAGAGGCUCUUCAUUGCACCUGCAGGUGAGAGAGAACUGUAGAUGUGUAUAUGCAGAAGCAUCGAUAACAUGGGGACUGUACCUGAAAAGUUUCAUCUUGUUCUGAAGCUUUGUCCACUGCAUUGUCUCCCACAUCCUCCCCUCUCUCAGCAUGAUGCCUUCCCUGCAGUGGCUGCCCUGCUGUGUAACUGCAGUGCUGGGGGAGAAGCUGUCCUUAUCUGGUUCCUGUUGGGACAAAUUGUACCAACCCUCUCUCAUUUUCAGUCACAUGCCUUCUGUUGCAGAGAACAGCCCUGGAAAUACCUUCCACUCACUGCAACAUGGAGGAAAUGGGGCAUUUUAAUUUCUGCAUCUGCAAAUCACUGUGUCAAGUAUUUUGGUUUGAGUUACAUUUUAUGGCUUAAUAUUACUCUUAAUAACUUCUAGUGCAACUUUAAUUUGUUUGGUGUGGGUGCAUGCCUUCCAAGUGGAAGUGGUGGAUAUUGAUGCCUGUUCCUGUUGGGGACACUGGCAGGCCAGUGCAAGUGCAGGCCUGUGCCUGGGGGCUGUGUCACAGUGGCUCCCGUGGUGGCUCCCGUGGGGACUCCCCCUGGCUGUGCCCCCACCCUGCCUCCCGGCCUGGCCGUGCUCCAUGUGGGCAUGAGCAGUGAGCACCCUGCUUGUUAUGGCCCUUAAACACCUUCCUGGCCUCGGGUAGUGGCACAAAUAUCAGUAAAGUUUUGGUACAAAACUUUAGAGAUCCUUAUUUAAUAUCGCACACAUUUUAAUCUUUUAAUUUAUUGCUGUUUGUAAAUAUGCUUGUGCUCACAGUUGAUGUUUUGAGCUCUAAUUUAUUGAAUUAGUCUACUGCUACAUGUGUAGUUAUAUAAAUAUACUUAUUUAGUAAAUCACAGGCACAAGAAGAAUAUUUUAAGAAAUGUAGCAUUAAAAUUCAGAGAAAUACUCGCAUUAUAUUCAGAUGGAGAAGGGCUCAGGAAGAUUUAUGGCUGUUUUCUUUUUUCCUUCCCUUAAAACAACUCCUGCAUUGAACCUGAACAAGAUUUAUUGAAUAGAGAUGGUGCUGGUCCAACAUCAGCAUAGUGAAAAUAUUUUGGUGGUGUUUUGCUUUCCUUUGGAAUGCUUUUGCAUCCCUCAGUACAGGCAAGGACCUGACUGCUUCUGGGUACUGGUAACAUUGGGGUGAUGGUCUAGGAGAUGCAGGAUGAUCUAGAAGAAGGUGAUGUGAGGCUUUAAGGUUAAUUUGCAAAGGUGGGAAUGGCUUUUGCCAUUGGACACAUGACCUUGAAGGUUGCAGGGGAGGCCAGAUGCCCAUGGGAUAAGUCUGUAAGUGAUUUUCAGUAAUUUUCUUAGUCUCUUCCUUCUUGCACAUCAGGUAGACAAUAGUUAUGUACAAAUUGUGCAAGAACUUGCAUUUAUUCUUUUUUAGAAAGUACAAUAAACCUACUUGUUUAAAUACAAAUCUUUAACUAUUUACCUAUUUGUUAGUAUUGACAUUUUAUUAGUAUUGAAAUUUGCCUCGCACCAGGAGGAUUGUGGGCUGUGCCGUCCUGUGCCUCUCCCCUUAGCAGAUGAUUUAGAAAGCGUAAAAGUGCUUCAAAAUGCUCACUGCACAGGUGAAAAGCUUACAUUCCUUAUAAGAGUGUGGUACGAUUUUUAUCAGAGUUCUGUUUGCUGUACAUUUGUUCAAAUGUCACUGUCUCUGAAGUGUCUGUGGGUAUGAAGAUUUUUUUCAGAUUUUUUUCUUAUUUAUGACUAAUAUGAGGAAGAGAAAAUUCCUCAUUCUUACAAAGAGUGUCAACAAGAAACAAUUUUCUGAAACAGUUAUUCUUACAAAAUGGAGAUUAGAAAAUUAUUAAGACCCUAAUGAAACUGAAUAAAGCGAAUAAAUAGGAUGAAGAUAGGGGUGAAGAUUUUUUUCUUCCCGAUCUUAAUUUAAGGCUGUUGUGUUAGGGCAUAACUUUAGGUAGAGUUUAUAAUUUUAAAGCAGGUAAUUUAUUCAGCAUAUUAAUUUGUCACACACUUGGUGGGGCAGGAGUUAUCCCUUGUCCCAAGAAGCUACAGCAUUUUGUUGUGCAACAUUUGGCCUGAAAAGGGGCAUUUGCUGUUGCGGGGCUUCCCUGUGGGGAGGGUUAUCCUGGACAGUUCAUGGGACUUGGGGACAGGCAGCGUGUCAGGGAGGGGCAGCCCAGCAGAGCCUUGCUGGAGCAUCAGCCCUCUCCUUUCCAGGGGAUUCCCUGCCCUGCCCUGCCUUUCCAGCUCCUCCACACCGGAGUCCAAGGCACAUCUUGUUCUUUAAAGGUUGCACAAGCAAAGCACAAAACCCAGCCUAAGGUUUUAACAACGAAUUGCACUUACUGAACAUGAAAAAAUUGUUGCUUUUAGCUAAAGUGUGGGGGUUUUGUUAGGGUUUUUUUUAGCACAGAUGCACUGAAAGCUUCAAGUGAAUGCUUCUUUAGUGGAUCUAUAGCUGUGUUAUACAUGUGAAAUUUGUCAGUGAUACUUAAAAGGUGGUGGCUCCCCUUUUGAGUUGAGGCUGUUUUAGCUUAACAGCCUGCUUUUAAAGGACAGUUCUUGGUCUUGAGCCACAGUAGUGGCUGUCAGGAUGAUGAUUACUCAACAUCUAAUACCAAUAGCUUUUCUAAAACCAGAAUCUUUGUUGUCUGACUACACAUAGCUGGGAUGACUGUUGAAUAGAGUAGUUCAUAGUGAAUUUAAAUAACUAUGCAACAUGUUUUCAAGAGCUUGACCUGGUGCAUUGCUUUCCAGCUACCCAGUGCAUGUAUGACCACAGUCAGUAACCAUUAAAAUGCAAGUAUCCACUCCAAAUGCACACAGUAUAGACCCAUUUAUGAGAGUUUCACGUGUGUUGCUUUUAUCUUUCAGUUUUCAGUUUUUCCUUUUCUGAUGAAAAUUGAGUACUGUGUUCCAUUUAAAAGCUUUAAAUAAAGAUUUGUUUAUAUACUC